AUGACUAAACGGGCGCGACGCCACGUACCUUGUGCAACGAUGAAUGUUGCUGUGCAGUCGGAUGAGGUCGUGAGUGUGACACUGCACAAGCGUGUCCCUCACAUUCUGCAUCUCUAUGUCCUGCCGUUUCUCUUUUUGUACCCAUUGCUUGCGUAUGCGUACUAUUUCAAGUACGACGAAUGGAUUCGCUCCGAGGAGUGGUCUUUCGUGUUUAGCGUCGCGCUCGUGAGUAUCAAUGCGCUCACUUUUCUUGUCACGCGCUGGAGCAUCCAUGCACGCACGCGGAUCACAGCGUCGAACGUGCAGAGUAUUGAGUUGGCCGAUAUCGUGCGUGUCCUUCCGCACCCACACAAAGGCGACGGCGAGAUCGUGGCGCUGGAGUGUGUGAGGCGCGAAGGCGAGCAGCCCGAGUACUCAUUUGUGUACCAGGCGGACAAGUACGUUCUCGCGUACCCCGACUCCAAAGCGCCCGUCACGGCCAUCACUGCGUCCCCAGACAUUCGCGUUCCUACCUUCCGCCGCCUCUUGUACCCAGCCGACGUCCAGCCGCCCAUGGGCCACUUUAUGAGCAGCAAAGGGCUCAGUAGAGAGGGUGUGGUUGCCGCACGCAAGAUGUACGGCGACAAUGUGCUCGAGAUUCCCGUGCCGCGCUUUUUCGAUCUGUUUGCCGAGCAUGCCGUCGCGCCGUUUUUCGUCUUUCAGAUAUUCUGCGUAGGCCUGUGGAUGCUCGACGAGUAUUGGUACUCCUCCCUUUUUUCUCUCUUUGCUCUGGUUGCGUUUGAGUGCACGGUUGUGUUCCAGCGCCAGCGCACGCUCAACGAAUUUCGCACCAUGUCUAUCCAGCCGUACACUGUGCAGGUGUAUCGCGACGGAACGUGGCAGGAGACGAACACGUCGAAUCUGCUGCCGGGCGACCUGAUGAGUGUCACACGCACCAAGCAGGACUCUGCCCUCCCAUGCGACGUCCUCCUCUUGUCUGGCAGCGCGAUUGUGAACGAAGCGAUGCUCUCGGGUGAGAGCACGCCCCUCUUGAAAGAAUGCGUGGCACAGCGCGAUGCCAACGACACGCUGGAUGACAAGAGCGCCGAUCGGCUGCACUGCCUAUUUGGCGGCACCAAAGCGCUGCAAGUCUCCGCGGGCGAUGGCAUCCAAGGCGUCGCUUCUCCGCCGGACCACGGUGCGCUUGCCGUGGUGCUCCGCACUGGCUUUGGCACUACCCAAGGCCGCCUUAUCCGUCUUAUGGUUUUUACCAAUGAAAACCGUGUCACCGCCAACAACUGGGAGAGUUUCGUUUUUAUCGCUUUUCUGCUCGUGUUUGCCGUCGCGGCGAGUGCGUAUGUGUGGGUGAAUGGGGUAAAGAUGGAGCGUCCCAAAGGCAAGCUCCUCCUUGACUGUGUCCUGAUCAUCACCUCUGUCGUCCCGCCCGAGCUGCCCAUGGAGCUGUCCAUGGCGGUGAACGCAUCGCUUGUUGCGCUUGGAAAACACGCCAUCUUCUGCACCGAGCCGUUCCGCAUUCCGUUUGCAGGGCGCGUUGACGUGUGCUGCUUUGACAAGACAGGCACCAUUACCGGGGAGGAUCUCCAGGUCCAAGGCGUGGUCGGCGGCGAGCUCAAAAACCCCGACGCCGCCAUUCCCGACACGCUCGAAGUUGCGUCGCACGCCUCGCCCAACACAGUCCUUGCCAUUGCUUCCGCCCACGCCCUCGUCAUUGUCGACGCGGACAUCGUCGGUGAUCCCAUGGAGCGCCGCGCGGUCGAAGCGAUUGGCUGGACGGUAGAGAAAGGCGACAAGGUGGUUCCGGGCGAACAUGCGCCGCUUCCUUCGAGCAGCGCCGUCCAUAUCCGCCUCCGUUUCCACUUUUCCUCUGCGCUGAAACGCAUGUCGGCGGUGAGCGAAGUGAAGCUGGGCAGCUCGAAGAAAUUCAUGUUUGGAAGCGUCAAAGGCGCACCCGAAACGCUGAAACCCAUGUUUACUUCUUUGCCGCCCAACUACGACGCAAUGUACCGCCAAUACACGCGCCGUGGUAGUCGUGUGAUUGCGCUUGGGUACAAGCACCUGCCGAACCUGACUCCAGACGCGCUCCGCAACCUCAAGCGCGAAGACGUCGAGUCAUCGCUCAUUUUUGCCGGCUUCCUCGUCCUUCACUGCCCGCUUAAACCCGACGCCGUCGACUCGCUCCGCCAGCUCAACGACUCUGCCCACCGCUGUGUGAUGAUCACCGGCGACAAUGCCUUGACGGCGGUGCAUGUCGCGGAAGAAGUCGACAUUGUCGUGCGCGAUGCCGUCAUUCUGGACAAGCGCGAAGGAGGCGACAAGCACGAUCUUGUGUGGCGCCGCACCGACGACGAGAUUAUUCGCGACCAAGUGCUCGACGCGCCAUUGCACCGCCACCUGUUUGACGAGUUUGACGUGUGCAUUACCGGCCCUGCUCUGCGUUUGUACGAAGACAAGCCAGAAGCGCUCGCGGAGCUCAUCCAGAACGCCUCUGUCUACGCACGCGUGUCGCCCAGCCAAAAAGAGCUUAUUCUGAGCGUGCUCAAGCGCCACAACUACAUCACGCUCAUGGCCGGCGACGGUACCAACGACGUGGGCGCACUCAAGAUGGCCAAUAUCGGUAUCGCGCUUCUCGACGGCACUGUGGAAGACUUGAAAAAGAUUGCGAUGCACCAGAACAACGAGCGGCAGAAGAAGCUGUACGAGGCGCAGCUCGGCCUUUCGGCGCGCUUCGGCCAGCCGCCGCCGCCCGUGCCUGCUGCGCUGAAGGGAGCCUAUCCGCAGCUCGAAGAGGCGCGCGCCAAGGCGCUGCAGGAAAUGACGGCGCGCCGCGCAACAAACCCCAUGGCGCGUUUCGACCUCUCCACCAUCACGUCGUCGAUGAGCAGCCUCGAGGAAGAGGAAGACGGCCCACCGCAGAUUCGUUUGGGCGAUGCGAGUGUCGCUGCGCCGUUUACGAGCAAGCUCUCCAGUGUCGGUUCGAUUUGCGCCAUUAUCCGCCAAGGUCGGUGCACGCUGGUGGCCACCAUCCAAAUGUACAAGAUUCUCGCGCUCAACUGCCUCAUCCAGGCGUACGCACUGAGUGUCUUGUACCUGGAUGGGAUCAAGAUGGGCGAUAAGCAAAUGACGGUGAGCGGCGUGCUUGUCUCGGCCUGCUUUUACUGCAUCAGCCGCGGCAGGCCCAUCGACCGACUCGCGCCGGAGCGGCCUGUGAGCAACAUUAUCAACGUCUACGUCUUUGGCUCCAUUCUUACCCAGACGGCGCUGCACAUUGCCACCAUGCUUUUUAUCCAGCGUCUCACGCUCCGCUACGAGGCGCCCGGCGAUAUUGAUUUGGAGGCUACCUUCACGCCGACGCUGCUCAACACCGGUGUCUUUUUGCUCAGUCUCUCGCAGACCAUGUCGACCUUUACGGUAAACUAUAUCGGGCGUCCAUGGCGCGAGAGCAUUUCGGAAAACAAGGUGCUGUACUAUGGGCUUUUGGGUACCUGCGCGAUUGCCUACCUCGGCGUCUUGGAAGUCGUGCCGGAGCUCAACGAGUGGCUCGCGCUAAGCAAGCUGCCAUUUGAGUACCAGCUCUACCUCGUUGGAACGAUGCUACUGGACAUUGGAGGCUCCUACAUCGCAGAGCUGUUUUGGAAGCAGUUUGCCGACGUCGAGCCCAAGCACAUGGUCCGUGUCGGCCAGCAGCACCGCGCCGCAAAGCUGCGCAGGCUCGGUGGAGUGCCUGCAGACAAAAAAGAAGCGUAG